AUGUCCUUUCGAAAGCGGAACACAGUCAUAUCUGCGCCGGCCGUCUCACCGCAGGCCUCCACCAGAGCGGAGAGACAGUCUGCUCCAGGGACUCGCCCAUCACCACUCGAUGGCCGACUUACGACUUCGACCGGCACUGCGUCGUUGGACACUCUCCUCGCCGGGCAUGCCGGCCUCCCUCUUGGAUCCUCUGUACUCAUAGAAGAGCAAGGCACCACAGACUUCGCCGGCGUCCUGCUCAAGUAUUAUGCUGCAGAGGGUCUUGUUCAAGGGCAUCAUGUUCAUGUCCUUGGAUAUGGCAGCAACUGGAAGCAUGAGCUUCCGGCGAUUUCGACUGGCAAAACAUCUUCAAAUGUGUCCAGACGUAUCGACUCGGCGUCGGAAGACAGGAUGAAAAUUGCGUGGAGAUACGAGACACUCGGAAACAGAACUACGCCCAAUGCUAGCCUGCCCAUCAGAGAGAAAGAGGGCACUUCUACAGACAUCUUUUGCCAUCAGUUUGACUUGAGCAAACGUUUGAGCCCAUCCUCUAUCAAAGGGACUUUGACUGCUAGUCCCUCCUCAGCUCCCUUGGGCUCGAACUUUGAGCCAUCGAAAGCCGCAUCUCCCCUGAAAUCAUUCAUCAAGAGUGUGCAGACAAAUUUGACAUCAUCACCGCCGGGUUCAAUCCAUCGCGUUGUCGUCCCUAGCUUCCUUUCACCAACACUCUAUGGUGGUGGUUCUUGCUGCCCAUCUGAGGUGUUGCAGUUCUUGCACGGCCUGAGAGGCCUGCUGAGGCAGCACUCGGGGCAGUUGACUGCGAUGUUGUCUUUGCCCACGUCAUUGUAUCCACGCCAUACCGGCCUCACCCGCUGGAUCGAGCUUCUCUGCGACGGAACAGUCGAGCUCAUCCCCUUACCAAGCGGACCCCCAUCUGCAUCAGUCCCUAAGCCGGGAUCGAAGGAGACAGACAGGGCACAAGGCAUGGUCAAGGUGUAUGCACUUCCCAUCUACCACGAGAAAGGCGGCGGCGGAGCUGAAGGGAAUUACUUCCGAGAGAACCUGUCGUUUCUCCUCAGCGGAUCCCGAGGAUUGGUCAUUCAGCCAUACAGUCUCCCGCCCCUCGAGGAAGAGGACAACAAGGAACAAUCUCCAGCCAGCACAGUCAAAGAUGGCAUUGACUUCUAG